CGCCCCCUUUUCGCGGCUGCAUUUCGCGAUUACAAAAGCUUCCACCGCAGGACCUGAAGCUUGACCUGAAGUUUUUUUUCCUACGGCUUAAAUCAGAACAACAUUGUUUUUUGAGGGGAAAAUGGCUGUCUCUCCUAAUGGCGAUAUGAUGUUCUGUAAGCAGAACACCGGUUAUGAGACAAUUGUGAACGACAUCAUAGCACUGAACGCGAACGAACAACCUUGCAUUGCAUCCGAGGCGUCCGGGGUUAGGCCUGACAACACCACGACACCCGGAAGAAAAGUGGUUGUGACUGCCCAGAUCCAUGCCCCACCGCAAACAUCUACAAACUCUGCACCAACUGAUCAUAUGAUGAGUCUUGCUAACACUAUACCACCAUUAUCACCACAAGCAUUUGUUGAUGGCAGUUCUGGUGUAGGUGUUAGGAGGCUAUCAAUAACACAUCAGGAAGACCAGAACGUGACUGCUCUGUUGGUUCAGACUGGUGGACAAAAGACUGCAAGACCCCGAGAGACCGGUGUGAUACCUAACACCCCUGAGCAAAAACGUCAAAGACAAUCAACUGAAUCAGAAGACACCGCGAUCUGUAACGAACAUGUUGUUCAAGCAUGGGAUGGGUGCGAUAUGAACAGCAAUCCCCAGACACUGUUGAAAACGUCGCAGAUUCAGACGGUGAUGCAGACAAACUCUCUUCAAACCAAGAGGAAUCCAAGAACCGACAGCAGAAAGACGCAAACAAAGAAAUUUGGAACCUUCUGA